AUGCCAGCUUUUUCUAUGAAAUAUGGAGAUAAAAUUCGGCUGCUCUUAGUUCUAAUAAGUUUCUCCAUCCUUGUGAUUGAGCUAUCAUUAUUAACGGUAUGGUCGGGAGGAACCAAACAAGAGUCGGACAGCGAGACUACAGUCUUACCUUCGAAAAACGUUACAGUAGAAAAUGGAAAACGUUUGACAACGACAAAAGAUGUCCAAAUUAAGAAAAGGGAUGGCUUCAAACCUAUGAACGUAAGUACAAAAGUGAAACAAGUUCCAAAAAGGGAGAAAGUUGAGAAGGAAGAUGUCGAUACUCAAAUCCAAAAGCUAUUAUCGCCGUUCGUAAACGAUUCCUUAGGCCGAGUUUUGAAUAUAGAAUUCAAAACUAUUAAACUCGCUAAAGGUCAAAAGGAUUCGACUGACACCCUAGAUAUUGUGUACAGAAAAGCCAAGCACGGGGUGAGUGUGUUAGAGCCGAAAAUUGAACUGUUACAGCCGUUGGCAAGGCGUUAUGUUUAUGUAUACGAGCGUUACUGGGAGCAACUCACGAUGAAUACCAGGGUGUUAAUGGCCUUGGCUUCGCAAGCAAGACUCGGAGGUCGAUUUGUCGUAGAACCUAAAGUCAAGGACUCUGUAUUCGGCGAUACAGGCUACCCGUUUAGCACAUACUACAAUGUGACGCAAACGAACGCCCUGCUCAAAUCCAACGGCUAUUCAACUUUUGUCACCGAAAAUGAAUUCGACACGGAAUGCUCCGUUAAUAAUGAUCAAUUUCACGCCAUCGUGCAUUUUCUUUACGAAGACGACAAGGCCGUAUCAUAUUUGAAAAAUAAAUUCGGUAUAACCACUCGACAAUACGACGAAAUUAGUCGAAGAGCGAAGAAAAACGGAUGGACGGAUUGUAAGUUACUGAAACCGUAUUCCUCACCCGGUUUGAAAGUAUUUUGCGUAGAUCCGAUUGUAGUAGCCGAAUGGUCCGUGUUAGAACGAGGCAUUCUCCAAGAUAUAAAAUGUUUGGGGAUUUUUGCGUGGCGUGGCAUCGGUUUUAAAACUCGCACAUCGUUCGGCGAAAAACACGUUAAAGUCUCAUCUAAAGAAAUUCAUUUCUUACUCGAACCGAGUUUGGCCAUCCUAAACGAAGCCGAAAUAUUUACACAAACUCGCCUCUCUGGAGCGGGCUACGUAGCCGUCCAAGUCCGCGGCGAAAAGGUCGUUAUUCAAAACAAUUUGACGCGACUGAAAAAAUGUCUUCGGCUUUUGGUAAAUGUUAUCAAAAACACAAAAAAAUAUUUUGGCAUCAGCAAAGUUUUUUUCGCCACAGACAUGUCCGAUUUCGGCUCUGGUUCAUGGGCUGGCGGUUUGAAAACCAAAAAUCUUGACACUCGUGCGUUGAAAAUCGUCCACUCUAAUUUGAUUACACGAAUCGGCGCGGUCGUUUACAAGCCAUCCGCUGACUGGCAAACGCCUGAUCGCGGCGCGGUUUCGCUCGUGGAGCUCUCGAUUAUCGCGCAUGCGCAACAUUUGUUGACAAUCGGUACCGGGUCCUUUCAAGAAUGGGCGGUUGCUAAGUUCUUGGAAUUUCAUCGUGACGAUGACCCGAAGCUGUGGUCGCUGACGAGAUUUUGUUCGUUGCCAUAG